AUGUACUUCAACAACUGUCGUCUAUCCGUCUCUUCUCCUUUCUCAUACCACCAUCACAUCGCUCUCAUCAUUACGAAAAAUCAUUUCGGGCCCGUUUUCGAUAGCACUAUCGCAUUUUCACCUCCGCAUCAGUGCUCGGCUCCAGUCUCCUCACACUGUUCCACAAGACGAGCCACUCAAGACAGCACAGCGUUCGGCGCGGCUCCUUCCACCGUUCAUCCCAACACGGUGUACCAGAACCACGCCUUCAAGCCAACCACGCACCGCGCACCCAACUGGUCGCCGAAGUUGACCAUGUCGAGGAUGGCCGGCCUUCAUAUACCCCACGGCUGGGUCGUUCUGGUCAUCGUUGACUGCGGACUCUUUGGCGGCGCUCUUGCGACGCCCCUCCAAACCAGGCGGUUGCAAAUAGCUUAUGGGCUCUCCGUCUGGGGGUUCAACGUGCUAUACACCAUGUGGAUGAUGAGGUGCUUUGACAGGCUUAUUGAAAGGAUCAUGAAUCCCAUCCGGGCAAGGGUUGCAAGGGCGAGAUUGCGGAGAGAUCCGUGA